AUGGCGAGCUCUCCAUUGCAACCCGUGUCUCUUGUGCAGCUUGACCUUGACAUCGAAGCAAGUGCAUUCCAACAUUCCUCUCCGCUUUCUCUACGGCAAGAGCCACACUCGUCGUCCUCCCCACAUCCUACCGACGACGUCCUAGCUCACGACUAUAACUUCUCUGGCGCUAUUUACGAGGAAAACACAUCAGGCACCGAGACAGAAGGCCUACUGGAAGAUCAAGGUCGGCAGGAAGAGGAUGUUCUCAUCACAAAUGGACGCGUCUUUUCAGGUUGCUCAUCGAUCUCGUCUUUUCCCGCGUCCAUAUCACAACAUCUACCUCUCGAAGAUGAACAAUAUGACGGCCCACGAACACCCUCCAAACGCGACUCACUCGCAACGUCUACGCUAGGAAGCGCUGGGGAUCGCAAUCACCCAACAACAUCGCCCCGAGCCUUUCGAGAAUACCCCUCGCCGUUCCGCCAUCCUAGCAGCGUUCGAGCUUUACAGAUGAAGGACGAGAUCAUGAGUGAGACACAAAGUGUGUUGCGGCACUAUCGACGGACCGGCUCACAAAUGUCCUCUUACAGCCAGCGCAGCUCAUAUUCUACCCAUACGUCUCCUACGAAGCGACUGAGCCGUUCCCACCGCAGUUCGCCUUCAAAGGGUGGGAGCAAUCUCAAGAAGGAAUUUCCGCUCGUACUCCUACACUGCACGCUGUUGCCGCCAAACAUACGUGUCCAGCCAGGAUCGGUUGAGGAUUCGUUGAUCCUUGACUCACUGCCAGAAGACUAUAAGUCGCGCUGGGUAGCUCUGCGGAAUAAACUGGCAGACCCCGAGAUCAGCAGUCGAGGUGUUUUAAUACCUCACCCUCGCGAGGACCUGGCCCUCCUCGAAGAACGGCUUUUGGAGAGUUUGGAACUGGAGGCACCCCGCAUCAGACACAAUCAUUACUUCCAGUCCGACGGCAGCGUUGCCGAUAGUGGUUUCGAAAGCGCUAGCACCGAAGAUGAGUCUGAGCUGGACCCGUCAUGCGAGGCAUGUCCUGAUUGUGGGCGCCGGCUUCGUCCCGACGAAGUCAACCGCAAAUGGGAAGUCAAGGUGUUUGCCGCAAAUGGCCUGAUGCGCGCCGGGGCCUGGGCCGCCGCGUGGCAAGAGAUGGAAAAAGUCGAUGUGGAAAUCAAGGUCUGGCUGCCAGACGAGAUCCGGCAGGAGCUGGAAGCAAAGCUCGUGCUUCUGGCCGCUCCACAGUUCGAAACGACCGAGCUCACCUCCCAAGAGGGCCCUGCGGAGCCUGAGAUCAACAGCCUAAGCGAAGAAGAUACGAAAGGCCAGUCUAGAAGAUCGGAAGCUCAGGGAAAUGCGCGCGCAAUGGAAGAAGGACCUAUUAAUGGGACAGAGCCAUUAACCUCAAGCCUUUCGCCAGUCACAAACGAACGGAAUGUGUGGACGCAACUGGGUAGUCAUGCCAGAGAGUUGACAAGGGAUUGGAGAAACGUUCUAGUUGGUGUUCUGAGCUUCUUAGUGUUGUUCUUCGCACUGGCACGCCCAGAACAACCCCGUCAAGGAAGUUCGGGCCCGACACUGGUAUUCGAGACCGCUGAUACACCCAAAGUCCUUACAACCACAAUCACGGCAACCAGCGUCGCUGUGACCACCGCACUUGUCACAGUCUCUGAUCUCAGCGCAACUCCUGCCGCUUGUUCGCAGCCAGAGCCUUCGGAGACAAUGGAGUUGUUAUCCGCCGAAGAUAUUUUCGAGCAACCCUUGGAAACCAAGAUUGGUACUCUCCCACAACCCAUCCUAGAAGACUCGACUAGCUCAACAGCGCCUCAGUCCGAAAUAGUGGCCGCUGAAUGA